AUGAUUUUGGUACUUUUAACCCUCGCAACCUCUUAUGAGGUUACAGUAUUUAAACCAGAGGGGGAUUAUAUAUUCUUCGAAUCCUUUCAAGAAUACGAUUGGCAUUUAAGAUGGAUACCUUCAAAAGUUUCAAAAUAUAAAGGAUUUUGGUCACAGCAAGAUUCACCAUAUCCAUUUGGAUACAAGGGUGAAAAGAUGCUCUAUACUCAAAGUUCAAACGAAUAUUAUGCAAUUUCACACAAAUUUGAUAAACCCAUUCGUAUUACUAACAAAGACUUGAUAAUUCAAUAUGAAUUACGAUUUAGCAAUGCAAUCAUUUGUUCUAGUCCACUUAUCAAACUUUUUUCUGCAAAUAAUUUUGAUCCAGAAAAUUUAUCAUCCUCAACAGAAUAUGCAAUCUCCUUCGGACACUCAUCAUGUGAUGAAAAGACGAAUAUGACGUUUACUCUUAACUUACAUGACCCUUUUAACAUAUCAAAAAUAAAUGAAUAUAAAUUAACCAAAAUUUUUGUUCCUCCUCGUGAUGGAUUGAAUCAUCUUCUCACUUUAAUACUUCAUGGUAAUGAAUCUUAUUCGAUUUAUGCUGACGCAGAGCACUUUUGUACGGAACCUUUAGUUGGUCCAACAAUUUCACCGCUUAUUUCUCCACCAAGACACAUUAAUGAUCCAACAGAGAUCAAACCAGAUACAUGGGAUGACAGAAAAAUGAUUCCUGAUCCGAAAGACAAAAAACCUUCUGAUUGGGAUGAAUCUCAGCCAGAAUUCAUAUAUGAUUCAGCAUAUCCUCCAGCUCCAUGGUAUUCAGAUGAGAGUUAUUACAUUCCUGAUCCAAAUGCUACAAAACCAACUGAUUGGGAUGACGAAUUAUUCGGAGAAUGGGAGCCACCAACCAUAAAGAAUCCGAAAUGCUGGGGCCAAAUAGUAGGAUGCGAAGAAUUCGUACCUUUGAUUAAGAAGAAUCCACUUUACAAAGGGAAAUACAAACCAAGAAUGAUUCCUAACCCGAAUUACAUGGGAGAUUAUAUACCAAGGAAGAUACAGAACCCAGAAUGGCAUGGAGAUAUUGAACCUUAUGCCCUUUUACCACCAAUUACCGGUAUCGGAUUUGAAUUUCAUCCUGAUGACAGUAGUAUUGGGUUUUCAAACAUAUAUAUUGGAGAUGACAUUGAAGCAAUGCGUGAUUGGAACAACAAACAUUUCUUCAACAAACAAUAUACACAGGAUUUGAAGUCUGCAAUGGAUUCAAAGAAAUCUCGACCAGCAGAUUUAAAGAAUGAAGAAAUUGGACUGUUUACAGCAAUAAUACACUUCAUAAAAGAAUACGUUAAUAUCAAAUUCUUGUCACAGUUCUGUGUCGGUGCAAUUUGCGUUUUCAUAGCAACCAAAUUCUAUAUGUAA